GCUCUGCCGUACGUCGCUCUGCUCAUCGCCAUGAUCUUCUUCAUCUACGCCGUCAUCGGGAUGCAGACCUUUGGGAAGAUAGCGAUGCAGGAUUACACUCAGAUCAACAGAAACAACAACUUCCAGACGUUUCCUCAGGCUGUUCUCCUCCUCUUCAGGUGUGCCACAGGUGAGGCAUGGCAGGAGAUCAUGUUGGCCAGUCUUCCUGGUAAACGCUGUGACCCCGAGUCGGACUACGAACCAGGAGAAGAGUUCAGCUGCGGCAGCAACUUUGCCAUCGUUUAUUUCAUCAGCUUCUUCAUGCUGUGUGCUUUCCUGAUCAUUAAUCUGUUCGUCGCCGUCAUCAUGGACAACUUUGACUAUCUGACACGUGAUUGGUCGAUUCUGGGACCGCAUCAUCUGGACGAGUUUAAGAGGAUCUGGUCUGAAUACGAUCCAGAGGCCAAGGGUCGUAUAAAACACCUGGACGUGGUGGCUCUGCUCAGGAGGAUUCAGCCUCCGCUGGGUUUUGGGAAACUGUGUCCUCACAGAGUGGCCUGUAAGCGUCUCGUAGCGAUGAACAUGCCUCUGAACGCUGAUGGGAUGGUGACCUUUAACGCCACGCUCUUCGCUCUGGUUCGCACCGCCCUCAAGAUCAAGACUGAAGGUAACCCUGACCAGGAGAACGAGGAGUUGAGGGUGAUCAUCAAGAAGAUCUGGAAGAGAAUGAAACCCAAACUGCUGGAUGAAGUAAUACCUCCACACGAAGAGGAGGAAGUCACCGUGGGGAAGUUUUAUGCGACCUUCCUGAUUCAGGAUUACUUCAGGAAGUUCAGGAAGAGGAAAGAGAAAGGAGAUCUGCCCGUAGAGGCAGACGCCACCAACCCGUCUGCUAUCCAGCUAUGUAAAGCCGGUCUGAAGACUCUGCAGGAUCUGGGUCCAGAGAUGCGUCUGGCUCUGAACGAGGAUCUGGAGGAGGACGUCAUGAUGGAGGACGAGGAGCUGGAGGAGGACGCAGCUUAUCAGGGCGAGAACGGAUUCGGACCAGAGAAAGAUCGACGAGGCUCCAUACUGACCACGCCCACUGGUCCCGGCGGUGUGUCUAAUGGAGGUCUGGUCCAUCGGGUCGGCUCUCUCAACAAGACGCCCAACGGCAACGAACACGAGGAACAUCUUCGUCGCGGAGACAACACGAGGUCAUCGGUCACUCGCCACAACCACCGGCGGCUGUCGGUGGAGAACGGCGUGCUGGACCACGGACACAAGAGACCAUCAUACAACAAACAUACACGGAGGAACUCGAGGGACAGGUACUGGAGGAACGGAGACCUGGAGGAGUACGGAGAGCACGGUUACUACAGCAGAGAGGAGGACAAUGAUAGCAUCAGCUCCAGAGACAGACACCGCCCUGACGAGCUUCCUCUGUACAGAGACCACUACGAUGGCCACGCCCCCUACACCAACAGUAGCUACGGUAACGGAUACAGCGAGGCCAGGAGGACGACCAGGAGACGCCUACUUCCGGCCACGCCCACAGGUCGGAAGCCCUCGUUUAACAUCCAGUGUCUGAGGAGGCAGGGCAGCAGUGAUGACCUUCCUAUCCCCGGGACCUACCACCCUACCUCACCACCACGCCGCAUACGGGCACAGCAGCCGUUCACCAGCUACGAGUCUCGCCACUCCUCCGGCCGGUCCUCGAGGGCCUCCUCGGCGUCCUGGGCCAACCCGUGUCCUCGCCGCGGGCGCCUCCUCUACGCUCCUCUCAUCCUAGUGGAGGAGGAGGGAGGAGGAGAGGGGAAGAAGGUAGCAAGAGGUGUUAAUGUGACGGGUGCAGCCCCCAGUGCAGCGUGGUACGGUGGCCCUGCAGGGACAUCAGCUCCUCCUCCGUACAGAGCGUACACUACGCUCAGAGUUCCCUCACAGCUCGGCGCUCAGCUCUCCGACAAACGAGGAUCGGCCGACAGUCUGGUGGAGGCGGUUCUGAUCUCCGAGGGUCUCGGCCUUUACGCUCGGGAUCCCAAGUUUGUGGCGUUUGCAAAGCGGGAGAUCGCCGACGCGUGUCACAUGACGGUGGACGAGAUGGAGUCGGCCGCCAGCGACCUGCUCGGCACGGGCAGCCACGGUUUCCUCGGCAACGCCGCCGCGGACCCGGGCGCGCUCUACAGCGACGAGGAGCCAAUCAGAACUGGCCGCGACGAGGACGAGCUGGCCGACGAGAUGACCUGUGUGACGUCAUUCUGAUGGGCUGAUGCUCUGGACCAAUCAGAGAUGAGACUGAGAGACAGACAUCAGUGAUUGACAGGACAUUGGACCAAUCAGAAAUGAGAUACUGAGAUAGAUAGACAUCAGUGAUUGACAGGACAUUGGACCAAUCAGAUAUGAGACUGAGAUAGAUAGACAUCAGUGAUUGACAGGACAUUGGACCAAUCGGGUGACAGGACAGAGAGGAGGGCGGGGUUUAAUCAACAGUGAUAUUGACUGACGAGAUUUGUGGGAAAAAACGAUGGAAAAUGGCCGCCAGCAGAGUGUGACUCAGCGUUGUCAUGUCGUCAGGUGGUUAGGUCGUUACCGUGGUGAACGCUGCUAAGCUGCACAGAAUCACACUUUACCCACAAUGCAUUGAUGGCAGUUUUAUAUGUUGUGUUGUCAUUUUAUUAUUUAUAAUUCUCCAACAGGAAACAUGAACAGAUUUAGGCCCAACAGUUAUCGUCAACAAGCUAACAGAGACACAGAUUAGCAUUGUGCCGUAACUGACUAGCUUGAAACGCAAAUUGCAUCCUCUACCUCAAAAUAUGACGCUUUGAAACAAGCUAGCUCAAAACUAGCCGCUCACACAGCCGUGUUAGCUUGUUUUGUGGUAUUUAACACGAUUUGUUUAUGUUAGCAUUACCAGUAGCUGGGCAGCUAGCUGCUAGAACACAUCUACACCAACGACUAUAAAGCUGUCAGACACUAAUGAAGCAACCUAGCUAACAGAUAAUAGCCAGCUACAUUGAAGCUACUGUUGCAUUUGUUCUGUAGUUGGCAGCCUGCCAGUGUUUAAUGGUACUUCAGAUGUUACUUCAAGCCAUUCGCGAUGUUUACAUGCACACUAAUACUGAUAUUCCAGUAUUAUUCAGACUAUUCCAAAUUCAUUUUCAUUAGCAAUGUACACAUCUUAGUAGGAAUAUUGUCUCUUUUGGAGUAUGGGGCAAAAAUCUGAAUAAUUUGUGCAUGUAAAUGUCUGUAAACACAUUUUGUUAUAGUGACUAACAAGUUUACAUACACAUUACAAAGUUAAACUCCACACGCAAAAUACAAACAAGAACAAACCUUUUCCUAUUGUUAAAAUAAGAUGAAAGUCAACGUUAAAUUAUUUCCAAACUGAUGGCCCUAUCUUGCACCCGGCGCAGCGCAAAGCCUGACACAAGUGUCUUUGCUAGUUUAAG